AGACCCAUACUCCAAUCUACCAACUCCUCCCCGUGCCCGAAUUUCCACUUCAACUCAGCCCUCUCUCUUUCCUUCUUUUGCGGUGUUUCCAUCUCUUUAUUGGAGGCUAUUUCAGUCUCCGCUUCAGCGCAGCAGAGUGAGAAGGCGCACCACGAGUUGCGUCAAAUGGCGGCCGUUUCCUUCACUGCUAUGCAGGCGAACAUGGGUUCCACCAUUUCCAGUUCAGCAGCUUCAGCUCCACGAAGCAUCUCACAGUUGAAGGUUACCCGACCCUGCUGUAAUGCUUCUAAACUGAGAAAAUGGUCGGCGCCAUCGCUUUUCUUCUCCAGCUCUUUCCGUCUCGGUCCUCUUACUUCUUCCUCAUCGUCGUCGUUAUUUCCUUCUUGUCAGAGAAGAACUGGUUUUGUUAGUUCUAUUCGUGCCGCAGCUCAGGAUGUGGGAUUGGAAUCUAAAGUCACCCAUAAAGUAUAUUUUGAUAUAAGCAUUGGGAAUCCUGAGGGUAAACUUGCUGGGAGGAUCGUGAUAGGGUUGUUCGGUGACGAUGUUCCCCAAACGGUUGAGAACUUCCGUGCUCUGUGUACCGGAGAGAAGGGCUUUGGGUACAAAGGUUCCACGUUCCAUCGUGUAAUCAAGGAUUUCAUGAUUCAAGGAGGAGAUUUCGAUAAAGGAAAUGGAACUAGAGGCAAAAGUAUCUAUGGUCGGACAUUCAAAGAUGAGAACUUUAAGUUAUCUCAUGGUGGACCUGGAGUUCUCAGUAUGGCAAAUGCAGGGCCAAACACCAAUGGGAGUCAAUUUUUCAUUUGCACUGUCAAGACACCAUGGCUGGAUCAGAGGCAUGUUGUGUUUGGGCAUGUUUUGGAAGGCAUGGACAUUGUGAAGUUGAUUGAGUCACAAGAGACUGACAGAGGGGAUCGUCCGAGAAAGAAGGUGGUGAUUAGUGAAUGCGGUGAACUUCCCAUGGUUUGAGAUAUAUCUCAUACUUCCUGUCACAAAGGGUCUCUUGAUCUUAAUAACCCUGAGUUUUGGUUUUGUUAUAUUCUGAAUGCGGAUACAUAGAAACCACAGCAUGAUUAGGAUGAGAAUGCAUUUCUUCUUCUCAUUUUUGCCUUGAUGACUAGGAUGAGAAUACCUGCAUUGGUUUUCGUUUUACCCUUCUUUGGGGGUGGAGAGAUAAGGUUGCAUUAAUAUCUGAGCUUUCAUUGUAGCUGUGCAACUGAUUCUAUGAAGUUUUCUCUUGCUGUCCGGUUGACUAAAA